GGGCGGAGCGUCUUUACGCACGCACUUCAUUCCUGUCUUUGCGCGCAGCCAGAAGACAGCGCGCGCGGCCACAGCUCGUCAGAAGAAGUUUGAGCUGCCGAGAGGAACAUGUCCGGGUUGAAGGUCCAGUCAGUCAUGGAGCGGAGCGCGAGGUCCGUGUGGUUCUGGAUGGUUCGGGUUGUGUUCGCCGCAGCCGCAGCUAAAGCGGAGUUGUCCUACCUGAACUCCACCAUGGGUGUCUCUGCCCCCCACCUGUACUACUCCUGCCCAAAGGGUGCGACGGCCAGACUGGCGUGUGCCCUGAACGUUACUGGCGGCACUCAUCUGAAACACCACUGGCUUUUCACACCUCACAGUGACCAACACUGCAAAGCAGGGAUGAUGCCGCGCAACAUAUCGCACUUCCUUCACCACAACAACCACAUCCAGCAGUUAGGGCUGAAGUUUGGAUACUCGAAGGACGACAUGUGGGUGACUCUGUUGAACAUCACGCACGCCGACGAGGGGCGCUACUGCUGCUUACUCCUGGACAUCAACAAGCAGCACAACCACGGGUCGGCUCUGAAGUUCCACAGCCACAUUGUUCUUCAAGUGACGCAAUCAAAAAAUGGAUCUCAGAAUUGUACCAUCUGGGCUCCCUCACCACCUGCAGGCUCGGUGCCCGUGGCCUUGGCUUUAACAGCCUGCAUCUUGGCUCUGCUCUCUCUGCCGGUGAUUCUGGUGCUCGUCUACAAACAGAGACAGAACACCAGGUCCAGACGUGCGCAGGAGCUCGUGAAGAUGGACAGCGAGGAUCAGGGCCACGAUAAUCCCGUGUUCCUCGGUGGAUCGCCGCCCGUAAAGACCCGCACCGUGUCUCAGAUCAUGACCAGGCAGUCCUCUGGGACUGGACACCACCUGUUGUCUGACCCGGGGACGCCCCUGUCUCCAGAUCACGGAGACGUUUUCUUCCCAUCUGAAGACCCCAUCCCAGAGUCUCCAGAUCUGCUGCAGAUUUAAAUCAGAUUCUUCACUCAAACUCUCCGUCUCAGCAGCAACACUGUCCUAACCAGCUGUCUCUUAAGAACCGUACAAAGAUCUACCCCGACCGGCGCCUGGACCCUACGUGGUCCGGAGCACCGGACAGAGAAGACCUGCAUUUCUUAUGGAUUCAGAUCCUGUUUCCACCCAGAACAAGCGGAGGGCAGAAGUGGAUUCAGGUCUUGUGGUUUCUGAACACAACAGCACCUCCUAUUGUAAAAAAAUUGCAAGUUAAAAGCAACAGAUUUGAAUUUUUCUACGUUUCAGUUCUUGGUCCUUGUAGGUUUGGUUGGUUGGAGUUGGUGAGAACUCGAAUCAUGUAAAGAUGCCACUGUAGAGCCCGUGCAGUGAUGUCAUCAAGACUUUCUUCCACCGUGUAUUGAGUUUUUAGGUACACAUACUUGGACAGCGAGAUCUUUUCAGGCAAAGUCCGAAGGAAGGGACGCAGUAGGACUGAGACCUAAAGUUUGACGUCGUUAGGCAGGACACUCGGUUCUGAUGACAGGACGGGGCGCUCUGCUCUGCUUGUAUAAGGGUAGGGGAGACACUGCGUGGUAAAGGAGGACUAUCAAUCUAACAAAUGAUCGUUAGUGCCCUGAUGGCCACUUGCUAUUCACAGAGGGCUGUGUCCUAACCAAAUUGCUUAAUGUAUAUUCAGUUACCUAAGUGGAUUAAGUACAGGUAUU